CCACGUGGCGGUGCAUCCUGAUGGCUCGCAGUAAUUAAUCAGACGGAUCCAAACGGCUUGUUCGGUUUUCCGGAGCAGAUGCUCCUUCAGCCGGAGGCAAUUUUGCGGAAAACACAACGAUACGCCCAGAUGGAUGCCGUACGGGCUAGACAAGCCGCCUUGACGUACUGUUUGUCUUUCACAAGUCACACGCAGGACUUAGGUAUACCGUACGGUUGGAGAUUGGGUCUUGAGAAAAAAGAGCAGAGGAGCUCGCAAGGAAAUUUGUUUUUCAGUGUUUAUCUACAAACAGAUGUCUUUUAUUAUCAAGCUGUCAGUAAGAUAAGAGAAAAGGUAGAUAGAUAUUCACAGUAUGCAGGAAAUGGUGCCCGAAGUGAAAUCGGUAUUUGUCAGAUGCGAGAAUACGUGGAGGAAAACGAGAAAAACGACCCUCUCAUCCAUGCACCGGACAAAAAGAACAACCCUUGGGCUGAGAAAGGAAAGUGUGUGAUUAUGUAGACCGCACAACUACAUAUUUCCACCAACCCUUUGUCUUAAGCGAUUAUUUUUUAUUCUGCUUUGGAGUGUGGGUGGUUCCAGACGGCAUUUACUUACUUUUCUUUAUUGUGAUCUACUUCGGCUGCUGUUAGCUUCAGUUGUUUAUUUAAGCAUAUUUAUUACCCUAAGAUGCUCUUGUUGAAAAAUUGUUAUGUAGUUGAAUACUCAUAUUUUCAUGGGAAAACGUCUGAGAUUUAAAGCGGAAGGGUCAAUAGGGUUAUCUCGUCAGAUUUGUCGAUAUAUAUGUUGUCAGCCGUCUUUUUACAAGUAAGCUUAAACUUUUUUGUUCCUCGAUAAUGUUUUAACUAAUGUAAUCAUUUUAUAAUCAAUCAAUACAAGAUAGUCUAGUCACGUAUUUUAUACAGGCGUAAUUUUGAAGAAUUCAGCCUAAUCUAAAUCUGAACCUGAUUAUGUCUUCCUAGCUUUUUGAGAGCAACAUCACAUCAUCAACUAUUAACAUCGGUGAUAUAGUUCUCAAAAAGCGGCAAAGUAGCUUCACUACUUACCCGCUAGAUGUCUUUUUCAACAAAAAUAUUCCUAAGAGAGAUAGAUGAUUUACACACACUCGUAUGACAAUUUUUCUAGCGUUCAAACCGAAAUCCUAAACCCGAAGUUUCAGUUUGAACGCUCCACUAACUUACAACAUUUAACUGAAACAAGUCUAUUUGACGCCAAAAUAGAAACGACGGUUUUGUUUCUGGCAUCUUGACUUAACUAAUAACGUUCUAAGAGAGAUAAGAUGACUUAAAAUUGGGCGGUAGUCCGCACUUAAACACUAUACUAUACUUUGACGUCUCGAUAGGAACAGCAACCUUAAAUUCCGUUUUAGACGUCCUCAAAUAUGAAAUCUACUGAUACUAAAAUAUAGCGGUGUCCCGCUGAUUAACUAUGUCUAAAUGUUGUCUAAACAGAAAUCCAGAUUAUCUGUGCUUUCACUUUGACUAAAUCUAACUUAGUGAUUCUUAAAAGAUAAAUCCUGAAAACACACUGAUGGGACGACUUAACCCAAUAUUUAACUUCAAUUUAAGGAGUUUUGCUUCUGCUUUCCUAGGUCUUGCAUGCCUGAAGUAGUGCUGUAGCUUAGGUUGAAUUGGCGAAAAGCUGAUAUAUUUAAACAUGUAUUAACUCAAUACUUUCUUAGGCAUAAUUAUAACGAAUUUAAACAUUUUGAAGGAUUAGCUUAAACUUAAACCAAACAGCUUUGGUAUGAAUCAGCGACAGUAACAGUAUUAUUAUAUUAGUUUUAUCAGUAUCUCUAACUAUAUUUAUAUCAUUAUCGUAAAACAAGCCGGACACAAAAUUCUUGUCUGUCACCGAACCAUAAGGAAUUAAUAUCUAUCAAAACUUACUAGUCACUAAAAUAGGAUGUAAAGUCACCAUGUUGCUGCAGUUUGCCCUUUCGGUCUGAGUUCUUCUGAAACAGGCAUACCUCACGAAUGGGACUUUACAUACUUUUUAUCUUUUUAACGGUUUAUAGGAGAAAAAUGACCCAUUCUUCUGUAUUCCUUCUAUUCAUAACUACUGUAUGUAAGUAUAUAUAAUCGCUUAUAAAAUUUAACUAGUCUUAGAUGUAGAAGCUCUUCGUGUUGACUACGUUAGUGUACACCACAAUGCACACAGAAAAAUUAUGGAAAACAUCAAAAUAUGACUUUAUUCUAUGAUAUUAAAAACUGGGCUAUAAACGAUCUUCCAUAUAUCUACAGACAACUGUCACCGGCUUUGAUAAGCUUUUGAUAGCUUAUCGAAGGCUGAGAUAGUGAUGACAGGUGGAUCCUACUUGAUAUUAGACUUACUCUUAGGCUAGGUUGAAUUCUGAAGGAUUUUGAAGUUUACGUAAGUUAAUUGAAGUUACAGGUAUUUCAAUUAUAUAAUGUAGUUUGAAUAAAAAGCAGUAUACUUAUAUAUUAAAUAAAUAACGUUUUUGUGAAAUUUUGUUUUAUUCGAAUCGAUUUAUUGUGCCAUCACGGAGCCACACGUGAAUUCGUAUUGAUUUGUCAGUUCCUAUUAAAACCUUCAUUCAAAAACGUAUAAUAGCAACAUCUAGUAUAACUUAAAUAAAAACUGCAAACAUUAUUUUCAUG